AACACACACGCUCGCGCAGUCACGAAUGGUUGUGUCUUCUGAAAGCUGGCUUGCAAUUUCCGCUCCACUUUCUUUAAACAGUUUUUCUCAGUAACCAAACAGAGAUAACAUGCUAUAUAGAUAAUAUUCACUAUUAUCUAUUCACUGUAUCAAAAAAAAUUAAGUCGCUUCCCUCGACGGCCAGGCUGUACCAAGUCGCCAAAACGACGUCGCAGAGUCUCAUAACUCCAAAGCAUACGAGGUCCGCAUCGCCGAACCCAGAAAUAGGCCAAAAGUCGAAGCGGCCGCGGUUGAAGGAGAUGGAGACUGAGAGCAGCUCAAAGAAGGAGACCAACCAUCGUCUGCCGCUCUCGGAGGUCGUAUCGGAUUGCAUAAAGCGGUGGUUUAAAGACACGCUUAAAGAGGCCAAAGCCGGCGAUAUUAACAUGCAGGUCUUGGUGGGUCAGAUGUAUUAUAACGGUUAUGGUGUUCCCAGAGAUGCCCAUAUGGGAAGAAUUUGGAUCACAAGAGCGUCAAGGACGCGAUCUUCAGUUUGGAAAGUUAGUGAUAAGCAGCCAGGUUAUAAUGCAAGUGAUUCAGAUUCAGAUGAAUUGAAGGGUGAUUCUUAGCUGGACCAUGUCCGCCUUCAUGUCCAAUUAAAGUUUGAGCUGGAUGUGCUUGGAAACGUGCCCGACCUCAGUCAUUGAUGUGCCUGUAUCAAGUCUUUAUACUUUCUUCUGUUUCCUUGUCGUAAUUUUUUUUUUUUGGACCUAUCAAUGUACCUAAACCUUUAUUUUCAUGGUAAAACAAGUAUUUGUUAAUUGCACUUUCAUCUCCCAAAGUUCCUUUGGGUUAUUGUGAAGAAUUGCCAACAUGAUACUUACAUUAAGGGCUCGUUUGGUACUUCGGAUUAUACUGAUUAAUUUCUGUCGGAUAAUAUAAAUCUGUUUCGGA